AUGGCUCCCCCUGUACGCUGCUACUGCAAAGUUACAAAGUGCAACGGCAUUCUUGUUCCACCUCACGUUUUUCGCUCGCAUGAGCGCUCUGACUUAUGCCAACAAACUCUUGCUGAUCAGGCUAACUUUGCCCGGCGUGUCGGGCAAUGCAUCAUCUCACAGGGUGAUGCAGAUAUUGAGCCAGUUCCUCGAGGAUUUUCAGUUCCGUUACAUGAACCUCCCCCUCCCUUGUCUCCGGAGUUUCGUGACCCUUUGGCGGAUGUUGUAUUGGAUUACGGGGCACUUACAGAUGUAGAUUUUGGUAUUGCGACAUCCAGCGGCCCUCUGCCCAACCUUGGUCCUAACAUGCGCAGUCCCGAGGCUCUUAUUGCCGCUGUUGACCACUUUGACGCGUAUAACAAUGCGACAGCUGGAGAAGACCACACGGAUCUUUUGCACCUCCCUCACCAUCUGCUAGUGAUAUACGCACUUGUCUCGUGGCUUCACCUUCAGUUUCACCUUCCACGAGUUACAUGCAAUGCACUCCUUGCGAUACUGGCUUGCAUUUUACUCUCGAUUGCACCCGCCAUCAACACUCCUUUUAUAACGCUUCAAUCCAGCAAUCGGGUACUUGGUGUGGACAAGACUAUCUACACUCUUCCUGUUUGCCCUUCUUGCCGCAAAGUUUUCCCUCCUGCUGGUUCAGUGCAUACCGUGGAUACCUGUCCGAUCUGCCUCGAUGAUCUUUUCCUGUCAGAACACACUCUGCGGGGUAACCAACGAGCAGUCAAGUCCCCGAAGCAUUACUGGAUGGCUCGCCUUGAAGUGUUUGCACUUGUGCUACAGAUGCAGCAAUUCGCUGGCACUGGCAGUUCUACCCUGUGGACCCGAGUACUGCAUGUCUCCAGUUUGGUCCUGGAAAAGCAAGCCACCGCGUUGGUAUGGGGUUGUGGCCUCCACCUGGUGCCAAGGACUGCGAGCGAGAACGUGGCUCACUGCCUGAUGAGAAAGGAGUGUGCAAGUUUCCAUGACCAAGACAGGGAAGGUGUACGCUGCUCGUUGUGCCUGGGGAUGAAUGGGGUUUCUGCUAAUAAUAUGAUUGGGCAGCCAUGGUCCACUGAAGAUGAGGCUGGCCAAAUUGGUGUGGACCACUCAUUUGAGACUGGCGGUCUUGACUAA